CAGGGGAAGGCGCUGGCCAUGGGGGCGCUGGCCGGCUUCUGGACCCUCAGCAUCGCCGCCUAUGGCUACUUGACCUGGGGCCAGGGCCUGAGCCAGAAAGAGCAGGGAGCCCAGGAGGCCAGAGCUGGAGACCUGCCCGCACCCACGGAGGGUGCCUCCUCCCAGCCCCAUCUCAUCUUCAUUCUCGCGGAUGAUCAGGGCUUCCGAGACGUGGGCUACCACGGGUCCGAGAUCAGGACGCCCACUCUGGACAGGCUCGCUGCGGAAGGGGUCAAACUGGAGAACUACUAUGUCCAGCCCAUUUGCACACCGUCCAGAAGUCAGUUUAUUACUGGAAAGUAUCAAAUACACACAGGACUCCAACAUUCUAUCAUAAGGCCUACCCAACCCAACUGCAUACCUCUGGACAACACAACCCUACCUCAGAAGCUGAAAGAGGUUGGCUAUUCCACACACAUGGUUGGCAAGUGGCAUUUGGGUUUCUACAGAAAAGAAUGCAUGCCCACCAGAAGAGGAUUUGACACCUUUUUCGGCUCCCUCUUGGGAAGUGGUGAUUACUAUACACAUUACAAAUGUGACCGUCCCGGCAUGUGUGGCUACGACUUGUAUGAAAACGACAGAGCUGCAUGGGACUCGGACCAUGGCAUCUACUCCACACAUAUGUAUACUCAGCGGGUACAGCAAAUCUUGGCCUCCCAUGACCCCAGGAAGCCUCUUUUCUUAUAUAUCGCCUAUCAAGCGGUGCACUCACCCCUGCAAGCUCCUGGAAGGUACUUUGAGCACUAUAGGUCCAUCAUCAACACCAACAGGCGCAGGUAUGCUGCCAUGUUGUCCUGCUUAGACGAGGCUAUCCACAACGUGACUGUGGCUCUCAAGACACACGGGUUCUACAACAACAGCAUUCUUAUUUACUCCUCGGACAACGGUGGCCAGCCCACAGCGGGAGGAAGUAACUGGCCUCUCCGGGGGAGCAAGGGAACAUACUGGGAAGGGGGGAUCCGGGCCGUUGGUUUUGUGCAUAGCCCGCUCCUGAGAAACAAGGGCACAGUGUGUAAGGAGCUGGUGCACAUCACGGACUGGUACCCUACUCUGAUCUCACUGGCCGAAGGACAGAUUGAUGAAGACACUCAGCUGGAUGGCUAUGACAUCUGGGAAACCAUCAGUGAAGGCCUUCGCUCACCCCGGGUGGAUAUUCUGCACAACAUUGACCCCAUUUACACCAAGGCCAAAAGCGGCUCCUUGGCCGCAGGUUAUGGCAUCUGGAACACAGCCAUCCAGUCGGCCAUCCGCGUGCAGCACUGGAAACUGCUCACAGGAAACCCAGGCUAUAGUGACUGGGUUCCCCCUCAGUCCUUCAGCAACCUGGGUCUCAAACGGUGGCACAGCGAGCGGAUCACCAUGGCUACUGGCAAGAGUGUGUGGCUCUUCAACAUCACUGCAGACCCUUAUGAGAGGGUGGACCUGUCAGCCAGGUACCCAGGUGUGGUGAAGCAGCUGCUGCGAAGGCUCUCCCAGUUCAACAGAACUGCAGUGCCAGUCAGGUACCCGCCCACGGACCCCAGGAGCAACCCUCGGCUCAAUGGGGGUGUGUGGGGACCGUGGUAUAAAGAGGAAACCAAGAAAAAGAAAGCACAUGAGAAAGCUGGGAAAAAGCAGAGGAAGAACAAGUCGAGAAAGCAGAGGCCUAGAGCAGGUUUCUUUCCAGAUUGUCAUGCAGGAGGGGCUGGUUAG